GUUUCGCAUCACUUCACCUCAGCCAUUUUCCGACCGGGUGAAUCUGCGGUUGAUGUGAUAGUGGGAACCUUUAUGUUCAGUUAUAACAUUCUGUCCGGUUCAGCGCUGUUGUUUUCGAGAUGGACGCGGAUAUUUGGUUCCGGGAAUGGACGUCCAAAAGUGGCCAGAAACUAUCGAAAAUGCAAAUAACACGGCUUGUCGCUCUUACAAGGCAAUGGAGAAGUAAUAUUACAUCUGAUACUUUGGGCAUUUGGACCUCAAACCCUUCCGCUGAGUUUUGGGGAUUUGAGCCCUUCCAAACAGAAAGCGCGUGGGUACGGGAAUGCUUGGAGACCAAAGUCCCAGCCUUCGAAGACUGUGAAGGAAAUACUGAGGACUGUGAGAAAGUCUCUGCACGCCGUAGGGUACUUCUUAUCAUUCUUCAUGAUAUCAUUCAAAGGGAAAUACUGCGAUUGCGAGCAUCUCCCCAGGCACAGUCAGUCAAGUUUCUUACCGCAGCUGUUAGAAAUAUUGUGGGACAAGCUUAUCCCGGGAAGGAUAAUAAGAAGUUAUGCGACAAAUGCACCCAUCUUCAGCGGUAUGGGCAAAGGUAUUCGUCUCUGACGAGGAAAGAGUUGGUAUUAACCCCCCUGCAAGCUACUUCAUCUAACUUUGAAAGGGCUAAGAUAGAAAAUAUUGAGACGGAGGCGCUUGUUGCAUUCGGGGAAGCGACCUACGAUGAAAAGCAUCAGAAUGACCUACAGAAGGCAUUUGAAUGCAUUCUAAACACCUGUCCAUUUAAGCGACCUGAAAAUUCAAAGUUGCGGCUACCCUCGAAUUCGACACGAAGGCGUCUCCGCAAAAUGGCCGCAAGAACUAAGGAUACACAAAAACCUUCAGCGCCUCCGACUACCUCUCAUCGAAAUAAAACCCCAGUCAUUCGAAAUUCAAUUCAACAGGAUCUCAUUUUGAACUCUUAUUACCCGAGGCCACGGCCCGAUACUUUCAGCUCCCCAGAGAAACCGCCGGAGUCUGGGGAAACCUCUUCGCAUGUCCCCGAUGGCACACUGACAGGCCAAGUCUCUGAAGAGGUACUCAAUCCAUCAGCCGAAGCUUGGAAUGCGGCUCCCAUGCAGACGGAAGAGCAUCUAUUUGAUCUUUACUUCAAUCCCUCUAACUCCUUGGAAAACCUUCCUGAGAUGCCUCAACACGUUGACCAGCUUUUCUAUGGUACGUGGUCGGCAAACGCGGAUCUUUAUUUCAACCCUUCUGCCUCUCUAGAGAGUCUGCCACGAACAUUUCAGCAGAGUGAUGUGCGUAAUAUACAGCUAGAUGAAACAGGACCUUCAAAUUGCCUGUCACCUGGUUUCAUUCCCUCUGGCUACUUGGGAAACUUGUCUCAGGUACCUCAAAACUCCAUUGCUUUGAAUAGUACAGAACCGGCAACGACAGAGAUCCCUUGCCUAGACCCUUCUGCCUCUGUGGAAUGGCUGCCAGGUACAUUCCAGCAGAAUGGUAUUCAUGAUAUGCGACCGGAAGAAACGCAACCCUUCGAAAUCUCGCCGCCUCGGUUUAAUCCUUCUGGAUACUUUGAAAACUUGCCUCGAGACUCUAUUGCUUUCGAUAAUACAAAACAAACAGCCAUAGAUCUUCCUUGUUCGAAGAUUCCUGUCUCCCUAGAGAGCCUACAAAGCACAUAUCGGAACUCUAUUGUGCCGCUGUUGAAUAAUACGCAUCACAUGACAAUUCGGAGACUCAUUUCAAUCCGUCCAGCUCUCUAGAAACCUUUCCAUCCCGGAAUUCCGGCUCUUUUCUGUUAUGAAUCAACCAUCAUGGACAUGGUUCGUCCCGCCGUAUGGAUAGUCACCACAGCAGAUUUAACAGGGUUGACAAAUAGCCUGUUGAUAAAUAGGAGUAAUCAAUCAUGCAGUCAAUUUUAGUUGCGGCUUUCCAACGAAAAGGCAAAUUAGUCCUGCAGUUAGGCGCACAGUACCGUCAUGGUAUACAUAGGAGCCAGGACGUAGACUUUCGCUUGGCGUAAAUAUCCCUUCAGGGCAGUUCUCAUCCUUGGUAGGAAUAGAAAUUAUUGGAUCUCCUUGGACCGUUUCGACAGGUAUAAUAUACUCAGGGCCGGUCUCGUUUUCAAUAGUUAUGGUUUUCACGAUUUUCCACGCUGCAUAGGCUAGAUGCUGCAGGGUCGGUCAGCUAAGCCUGGCCUCAGUUCAGUUCUACUUACAUCCAGAUGCAAAGACUUGAGAAGUGGUGCGACUGUUGCAUCAAGACUCCUGUUUGAAUAUUGUACAUUGCCGUUCUCGGUUUUCUUUAUGACCGCGUGUUUAAUGUCCCGCUGGAGUGAUUCCAAUGAUUUCUGGCCUUCGGAGUCGAUGUCCAUCUUUCGUACAGUUGUCGGGGCCAUCUCGCAUAGGGAAUAAGACACUAACUCGUAAUAGAAAUGGUUUCUUG